AUGAAUGACUUGAUUUCAAAUUCUUUCAAAAAAUACACUGAUUUCAAGGAAGAUGCGUACCUUGAGGAGGAUGUGGAGGCAGGGAAUAGAGAAACUGUGAAUCUUGACAAGUUUUUUGAAGAUGUUGAGAAUAUAAAAGCAGACAUGAAAAUAAUUGAAAUAUAUUACAGGAAAUUGCAAGAGGCUAAUGAAGAAAGUAAAACGGUUCAUAAUGCGAAAACAAUGAAAGAUCUUCGCGCCCGAAUGGACAAAGAUGUAGAACAAGUCCUCAAAUGUGUCAAAGUAAUCAAAGGAAAACUCGAAGCAUUGGAUCGUUCGAAUGUGGCGAAUAGAAAAAUUGCAGGGUGUGGUCCUGGUUCAUCGGCAGAUAGGACUAGAACUUCAGUGGUUAGUGGAUUAGGGAAGAAACUCAAAGAUAUGAUGGAUGAUUUUCAAGGUUUGAGAUCUAGAAUGCAAAUGGAGUAUAAGGAAACAGUUGAAAGAAGGUAUUUUACAAUAACAGGAGAGAGGGCAGAUGAUGAAACUAUAGAUAAUUUGAUAGCAAGUGGAGAGAGUGAAAAUUUUAUGCAAAGGGCAAUUCAAGAACAAGGUAGAGGCCAAAUAAUGGACACAAUAAUAGAAAUUCAAGAAAGACAUGAUGCUGUUAAAGAAAUAGAGAAGAAUCUGAUUGAGUUGCAUCAAGUAUUUUUGGAUAUGGCUGCUUUGGUAGAGUCUCAAGGGCAACAACUUAAUAACAUUGAGAGUCAUGUUGCACAUGCUAGUUCUUUUGUGAGAAGAGGGACAGAACAACUUCAAGAAGCUAAAGUGCAACAAAAGAGUUCUAGGAAGUUCACAAUGUAUGCAAUAAUUCUUAGUAUUAUUUUAGUUCUUGUGAUUCUAUUUCCUCUUUUCUCAACACUUUUUCCUCAUUUGUUUAGAUGA